AUGGAAAACAUGAACCAUCAUCAUGAUUUGGAGAAUAAUAUGAUGGAAAAGGAAAUUGAUGAUAGGGACCAAGCUGAUUUGGAAAAUCAACAACUCAAUUCGUUGGCCUCUAUGGAUGAAGAACAAAGUAAUUUAGAGUUCUAUGAAAGCUCAUUCUCAAUUUUUACUCCAUUGAAAGGAGAUGAACCCAACAGCAAUCAUAGGAAUACAUCAUCCUCAUCCUUCACUCAAUCCUCAACCCGAACCAUUCAAUCGUUCAUAUCUUCAUUAUUCAGUCAUUCGAUUACAUGGCUCAUCAUGGUUUCAAUUUUAACGAUUUUACUUUGGCAAUUACCUUCCGAUGUUGGAAAUUAUAUUAUUUAUCCAUUUACAAUAUUUGGAACGUUUUGGCAUGAAUUGGGACAUGCCACUACUGCUCUAGUUUGUGGCAACACGAUUGAGUUUAUCAAAAUUGAAAGUAAUGGAAGUGGAUUAACGGUCUAUCAAGAUAUGUCACAAAGCAUGUUUUGCAACGCCUUAAUAAGUGUGAAUGGACCACUUGGACCAACAUUUUUUGGAUGUCUCAUCAUUUGUUUAAGUGUUGCAUUUGUGAAACAUGAAUUAUUUUCUAGAGUGUUAAUUUCCACAAUUGCCACGAUUGUCUUACUCGUCACGAUUCUGUUUAUUCGAAAAUCAAUAUUUGGGAUGAUCUUUCUACCAAUAGUGUCUCUUGUGUUAUACGGAAUUGCAAUCAAAGCACCAAAACCAUUUGUGACCUUCUCGUUGCAGUUCAUUGGCGUGCAAAUGGCCAUCUCCAUGUAUGAAAAUUUAAUGUAUUUAUUCUCAAAGAUGAAUGGAAAGUCUGAUACUGGAUCUGUGGAAGUGCUCUUCCGUGGUGUGAUACCGUAUUGGCUGGUUGCCAUCUUUAUUAUUGUGAUUAACAUUGCAUGCAUUUCAUUAAGCUUGUGGUUUGUCAUUCGACAUUCAUUGAGCAAUGCUGUUGCCAAGAAACCUGAAGCCAACGAACGAUCUGGGACCAUUCAACAAUGA